AUGGAGGAUGGAUCGUGUCCGUACGAGGUGCUGGGCAUCGAAAUGACGGCCACCAUUGAAGAGAUUCGCAAGGCCAAGCGAGACAUGUCACGCAAAUAUCACCCGGACAAGCACAUGAACGUCUCUGAAAGUGAGAAAAAGAGAUUGCGCAUCAAGUUUGAUGCCCUGGGCGAGGCGUAUGAGCUCUUGUCAGAUGAGACAAGCCGUGCCAAGUAUGAUGCCAAGCUCAAAGCAAAGCAGGCCGCCCAAGUGCGACAUGCCAAGCUCAAUGAAGAGCAACGCAAAGCCCGUGAAGCCCCAUCAUUCACACUCGGCGCGUGCGGCGUGUCCUGGCUUCUGGUUCAAACCCAUGAUGAACAGAUUAAGCGAUUGCGUGCGGAGGGCAUCGAGCGCCUCGAAGCUGAGCAGGUCCGCAUCGAAGCCGAGCUUCAACGAGCUCAUGAUGCAAGUAAUCGCCGUGCUGCAGAAGCAUCUCAGCACGGGGUUCUCAAGCUUGAGGCGAUGCUUCGGGAACGCUCGCGUGGCGCUCAAAAUGGCCUCAAAAAGAUUGAGCUCAUGACGACCGAGACCACCGGGACUCCGUUGACUGCAGAAGCGCCAACGACCACCGAAGCCGAUAUAGCCCCCGAUGAGGGCAUGGAUCUCGAAGACAUGGAGGCCAUGCUUAUGGCCAAAAUUGCGCAGAGCGCCACACAGAAACAGCAUCAUUUUCUGUUCGAGCUCCAAAAACACAGCAUGGCGGGACGGGGGCUGGGUUUUGGAAGGUUGGCUCGGCCGCCACCGCCGCCACCACCACCACCGCCAUCAUCAGCGGUCCAAGCCCCAGCUCAACCUGACCACGAGUCGGACCGCGCGGAGCCCACCCCAAAGCCAGAACAAAGCUCUGUGCCCACGGCUUUGGCCUCAACAACGACCCCAUCCCCAGCUCCGGCUGUAGUGAAAGCCCCGGCCUCCAAAGGCGCUUUGGCUCCAACGGCCACUCACAAAGCAGACGCCCAACAGGAUAAAGUUUCAACGACAUCGACCCUCAAGCCGACCCUCUUAGCCAAGCGACCCAAGCUCACGGUGGCCGAAGCCUUUGGGGGUGACGAGGACGAGGACGAGGACGAAGAGGAGGAGAUUCCCGCUGCCAUGCGCAUUCGGAUGCGCAACGUUGGCAGUGAGACACGCACAUCGGCUGGCCCCAAUAGUUACGGCAAGUCCAAGCGUGGCUUUACGUGGCGUACCCGCACAUGGGAGACAGAAGCAGAGAAACUGGCAGCUGAGCAAGAACAGGAACACGAUGGUCCAGACUCAAGCAGUGCGCAAUAG